AUGAGUAGCAGCAGUGAGGACACGGCCCGCUCGCAGGUUAACACGCGAGUCCGCCAGGAGACCCCAAAAGCGGAACGAGUGAGUGGAAAGAUUAAGGCCCCUCCUUUUUGGGCAGAAAAACCAAAUAUUUGGUUUCGACAAGACGAGGGACAGUUCAAAAUGUACGGCAUCACCGACGAGGAAACCAAAUUCUACCAGAUGCUAUCGUCGCUGCACAGGCAGUACGCAGCGGAGGUAGAAGAUAUUAUCACUGGCCCGCCCGACUAUGCACGGUUGAAAACAGAGCUUAUAAAGAGAUUGUCCGAGUCCAAGGAAAAUAAAAUAAAACAGCUCCUGACACACGAACAGAUCGGCAGCCGCAAACCGUCGCAAUUCUUUCGACAUCUGCAAUACCUGGCAGGAUAUACUGAUAUACCGGCAGAUUUUUUAAAGACCAUUUGGACCAGCCGGUUGCCCGCGGAUAUGCAGUCUAUAGUCGCAUCCCAGCACACCUCGACCUUGGAUACCCUUGCUGACUUCGCCGAACGCAUUCACGACAUUGCUACCCCACCGGAACAGGUAGCUGGUGUGACGUCAUUGUCAGCGAUAGAGAUGUUAGCUCAACAAGUCGCCGAACUAAGCAGGUCAGUCAACUAG